GUGGAGUGAUUGUUUACGUACACUUAAGUGGACUGAUUGUUUCCUUUCUCUUGACAGACAGACAAGUGGCCGACAGCGGGACCGCAUCAGGAGUGGACUCCAGCGCCGUCUCAGUCUUCGCGUUCUCCAAUUCCUUGUUUCUGUUCCUCUUAUCCUUCCUCUUGCUCUCUUCCGUCUUCCUGUUUCGCCUCUUCUACAUAUUGUUCUGUCUCCUUCCCUCCGCCUCCUGCUUCCUGCAGCGGUCCUGUGGCUCACCUCACUACUCCAUGUUCCUUCUCUCCUUGUCUCUCUUCUCCUGUCUCUUAUUUAUUCUCCUCCCGCUCCUCUUCUAUAUCUUUCUCCUCUAAGAUGUUUCCACUUUCCUUGCCCUUCACCCUCUCUUCCUUCUCCUCUUCCUUCCUUCACCGGAGAAUAUUCCUUCACCUCCUGUUGGUCUCACUCCUCAGUCACAUAAGUGGUGUAUCAGGUGUGAAGGUGCACAAGGUGGUGGUGCCAAGGCCAGGUGUGGUGGGGAGGAGUGCCGAGCUACAGUGCCAGUGGGACGAGGACGCCAGGGGGUUCUACUCCGUCCGCUGGUACAAGAACGCCGACCAGUUCUAUAGCUACGUCCCCAAGAACGAACCCCAGGAUAAGGUGGACCACCGCCUGGCUGGCGUUAGUGUUGUGCUCUCGCGCUCCGACGAGUACAAGGUCACGCUGAGAGAGCUGAGGCUGGACUCUGAGGGCGUGUAUCGCUGUGAGGUCAUGACUGAGUCACCCACGUUCGAGACCUCCUUUGCCUCUGAGAACCUCACCGUUGUAGUGUUGCCGGAGGCGCCGCAGGUGGAGGGUCUAAGGGAGAGCUACACAGUAGGGGACACCCUGAACGUCACCUGCACGGCCCGGGACGCCCGCCCGCCAGCCACCCUCGCAUUCCAUGUCAAUGACAGACAUGUUCCAGCGGGGACGGGGGCGGUGGCUGUGAGUACCACGGAGGGCAGCUACCCUGGGGUCUACACUACCACCGCCAGGCUCCUCCUCCCCCUGGGGCGCCACCACAUACCCGCUAUUGCUCUCCUCUGUCGCUCUACAGUCCUCUCUAUCGCUGACCAGACGGCCCUCACCGCUCAGGUCCAUCACCAGCCCAUACUCUCAUUUUUUAAUACAGGAGGCAGCGAGGCGUCACCACACAGAGUGCUGUUGGUGGUGCUGCUACUGUUCCUGGCCUACUUCUCCCACCUGCCCACCUGCUGCUCCUGCUGCUGCUGUUGCUGAUCCCUACACCUGUGGGCGUCUCACUGCCGGAGCAGGAACGGAAGUGAGGGAGAUAAAGUUUGACGCAGGACAACGAGAUAUAUGCCUCUUCUGUAGGCCUAUCGGACUUAUGGUACUUUAAACCAGUACUUAUAGGUACUUUCUCAGCCUGUUAACGCGUCAUCAUUUGAAGCCAAUUCCUGUUUCCGAAUUAAAUGUUAUUUUGUCGAGUUAUGGCGGAAACGAUAAGGUUUGAGGCGGCAAAUGACCUGGUAACAAUGAGCUUGCCAUUCCGACCAAUCAGCAACGGCCCUGACAAACUCUUAAGCCAAUCAACAACGCCCUGACAAACUCUUAAGCCAAUCAGCAACGGCCCUGACAAACUCUAAGCCAAUCAGCAACGCCCUGACAAACUCUAAGCCAAUCAGCAACGCGCCUGACAAACUCCAAGCCAAUCAACAACGCCCCUGACAAACUCUAAACCAAUCAACAACGCCCUGACAAACUCUAAACCAAUCAACAACGCCCUGACAAACUCUAAGCCAAUCAACAACGCCCUGACAAACUCUAAAGCCAAUCAGCAACGUCUUGACAAACUCUUAAGCCAAUCAACAACGCCCCUGACAAACUCUUAAGCCAAUCAACAACGCCCCUGACAAACUCUUAAGCCAAUCAACAACGCCCCUGACAAACUCUUAAGCCAAUCAACAACGCCCCUGACAAACUCUAAGCCAAUCAACAACGCCCCUGACAAACUCUUAAGCCAAUCAACAACGCCCC